AUCAAUGAGUAAUGCGUAAACGUCUAUGGUAAACGCCAUCAGACAUAUAACCUCAAACUUCAUUCCUUUCAAACUAUGUUUAGAGUACUAGAGCGUAGUGUGAUUGUCGGUGUUUUUGUAAUAAAUGCUUAUUUAACGAUAGGUGAAAACUACUCUUUUGAUCAAAAUCAAAAUGGAAAACGAAACAUUAAUAUACGGUUUAGAAUUCCAGGCUAGAUCACUAGCCCCUGUACUAGCAGAUACGGAAAAAAUUAAAUUUUUAAUAGGUACACAAUCGUUAAAGCAAAUUUGCAAUCAAAUUCAUUUAGUUGAAUUUAAUGAUGAAGAGUCUACUUUGAAAACAACAGUUUAUCAUCAUUAUGAAGGUGAAAUAUGGAAAAUAAAUUCUAGUCCUACUGAUGAAACAAAAAUCUCUAUUUGUUGUAAUUCAGUAAAUGAUGAUAAUGGUUGUAUUAUGAAAACUGCUAUAUAUAAAUUUCCUGAAAAUACACAACGGGAUAAUAUAGACAGUGUUAAAUUGGUAAACAGUUUCAACUCUGAAUUAUAUGGUAGUGAUUUGAAAACCAAUGAGUUUCAUCCAUUAGAUCAAACGAAAUGUGUAACUGUAUCGGAAAGUCAUAUAGUAUACUGGGAUAUUUUAGAGAGUAAUGCCAGUUGUAUUUCAUCUGUUGCCUUGGAAGGAAAAAAUAAUCCAAAGUUUACAAAUGGCAAGUGGAAUCCUCAUCAAAAUUGUAAUCAGUUUGCAACUACUGUAGACACACAUAUUAAGACAUAUGAUCUUAGAAGCAGUCAAAUAUGUUGGCAUAUUGACAAUGCUCAUGGUCAAUUAAUUCGAGAUAUAGACUUUAAUUUGAAUAAACAGUAUUAUCUGGCAAGUUGUGGUGAUGAUGCAUUUGUUAAAGUAUGGGACUUUAGAAAUCCUUCCCAACCUGUGUAUUCACGAAGUGAUCAUUCGCAUUGGGUUUGGUGUGUGAGAUUCAAUCUGUUUCAUGAUCAACUUCUUUUAAGUGCCAGUUCUGAUGCAAGAGUAUUGUUGUUAAGCGCAGCAAGUGUUAGUUCAGAAAAUUUAUUAAAUGAUACUACUCUAGGAAACAGUUCGGAAUGUACUGAAAUAAAACAAAUGCUACCAGAUGGUCCUUUACAAUGGUGCGAACAUGAGGAUAGCGUUUAUGCUGCUGAGUGGUCUCCCGCAAGUCCCUGGAUUUUUGCGUCAUUAAGUUACGACGGACGACUAUUGAUUUCUAGAGUUAAGAAAAAUUUGAAAUAUCAAAUAAUGCUAUAAUUUAAUUUCAUAUUCAUUAAUUUAUUUAUAGUUACUGUUUAACAAACUUUCUAUAAUAAAUCUGUCAUUAAAUUAA